AUAGAUAGAUAGAUAGAUAGAUAGAUAGAUAGAGCAACUGUCAUUUGUCAAUUCCAGCUAAACAGUUCAACAGAUAGACGCGUGCAUUGCAUUCACGGAAUGGAUGGAAGUCUCCGAUGAAAGUUUACAUAUUCAUUAUGCUGGAAUUUCUCAGCGACUUUGAAACUCGUGGCUUUGGAAGUCCGAACUUUUUAAAAUAUCGCCUCUCGUCAGAGUCAAUUAAUUUCACGCAACUAAAUGGAUUAAUUGAGAAAACAGAAUGACGAGCGUGCCAUGAAGACGUAGCAGCGUGUGGCUGAAAGGUGUGAGGUUUUUCCUGUUUUACGUACGUGUACUCGAUUGGCUUUGAUUGAGUGCUUUUGCAAAGCAUAUGGACUUUACAGUAAAGAAUGGUCAUAUCAAGCGAGUUACAGACAAUGACAUCAACUCGCUUGUGUUGGAGGUUGAGGGUUCAAACAUCAGUACCAACUACAUCACGUGCCCUGCUGAUCCAAGGCAGACACUUGGUAUCAAAAUGCCAUUUCUUGUGAUGAUUGUCAAGAAGACCAGGAAAUAUUUCAGCUUUGAAGUCCAGGUGUUAGAUGAUCAGAAUUUACGUCGGAGGUUUCGGGCAAGUAAUCAACAUAGCAAGACGCAAGUGAAUUCAUUUAUGUGCACGAUGCCAAUUAGUGUUGAUGACCGCUGGAACCAGUUUCAAUUCAAUUUGGCAGACAUCACCAGGAGGGCCUAUGGAACCAGUUAUGUAGAGACACAGCGUGUGCAGAUUCAUGCUAAUUGUCGCAUCAGGAGGGUAUAUUUCACAGAUAAGCAGUAUACGGAGGAUGAGCUCCCACCUGAGUUUAAACUGGUUAUUCCUGUUAAGAAACAGGAGGGAAGCAAAAAGGGAGUUCCCAGACCUGCUGCAACCCGACAGACCUGAAAAAAGUGCACACAAUAGUUUUUUCGUUUUCAUUGGGAUAACUUUAUGAUCUGUAAUAUUCACAGUUAAAAAUAUAAGCUGUUUCAUUCA